AUGAGCUUGGCAGGAAAUACAAUUCAAGUAACUUAGUUUCCAGUUCGGAAAUUUGGAACUUGGUGACGAACGACAAGAAGGCCCUAGCGUUAGCACCUACACUACUGCAUCCGUGACCUACCUCAUCAAUCUUCACCAACUGCUGAUUGCAGAUUCCACGAUGACUCGGUGGUGGGCGAGCCGCGUUCCCAUUUUGCUGCUAGUCGCUCGCUUGUGCUGCUGUUGCCAGUUCGCCCUUGAGAAUGACCUGGCAGCGACCCUGGAUGUCCGCGCGUGGCGAGAAAACUCCAUGCGAAUUCGCCUGCCGCUAGGCAGUAGCUCUGCGGUGCGUGAUGAUCUGCCCGGAGCAAUCAUUCCAGCCCCCGCGUACAUGGGCCAACAGCUGGAGUGUGACCACCGCCCUGGCGGCGGCAGCGACAACGCUAACCAACUUGGAUCGGUUAUCAAUGGCAACCUGAAGGCUGACGUAUCCAGUGAUGGCCUACUGACCUUCACUCGUCUCUCUGAUAACAAAGUGGUCCUGCGGGAAACUUCGCGCAAGCUGAGCCCUGGCGCGGGCGGCGCGACCAGUGUCGUACAGACCUUCGCUUCGAGCGAGAAGGAGAUGAUAUUCGGCUUCGGGGAGCAUCAGAACGGACAUUUGAACCAGAAAGGCCUCAACUACGACUUUGAGCAGUGCCUUGAAUACGGGCACAGUCACGGUGGUGAGGUCUGUCUGCCCUUCAUUCUUGGUUAUACGCCCACCGAGUCAUCAGCGCAGGAAACAGAGCAGACAAGAGAUAGGGCGGAGGCAGCCACCAUGGGACCGUGCCUCGAUUAUGGCCUGCUGUGGAACAUGCCCGGCUACGGGAGCGUGUCGUUCGAAGGCAACACGACGACGUGGACAGCAAUCGCCGCGCUCCAGCUGGACAUGUUCGUUACCGUGGCAGCGGCAGGGUCGAGCGGAAUGGCGUGCAACGCCGACAUCAAUGCCCGCUACGUGGACGCCACCGGCCAUUCGCCUGUGUUGCCAGAGUGGGCGGCAGGCUACUGGCACAGCAAGAACAGAUACUCCAGCCAGAAGGAUCUCCUCGCCGCUGCCACCAUAUUCCACGAGCGGGCAAUCCCGGUCGAUGUUAUCGUGAUCGAUUAUCACCACUGGAAGACUAUGGGAGACUGGUCGUUUGACCCAGCAGCAUGGCCCGACCCGCAAUCGAUGGCCGACACCAUACAGACAAAGUUUGGCAUGCGCAUCAUGGUUUCAGUUUGGCCGUUCAGCAUGACCAAGAGCUCGAGCUUCCCGACGAUCAACGCAUCCGGCUAUGGCGUACAGAAGGGCUCGGACGGCGGAGAACUUUUCUGGCCGGACCCUAAUUGCGGCGGACCAUGUUAUCUCUAUGAUCCGACACAGUCGGCUUCCAGAGAGUAUGUGUGGAGUCGCCUGCAGGCCGGCUAUCUUAAGUACGGCAUUCACGUGUUCUGGCUGGAUGCGUCCGAGCCGGAGAACAUCCACGGCGUGCCGGACGGAGCGCACUACAAGGCCGGUCCAUCCGAGCAGGUCGGGAUGAUGUUCCCGUUCUACCACUCGCGCACCAUACACGACGGCCAGGUGUCGCAGGCCCAGCCACCCAUCAUGCUGCUCCGCUCCGGCUGGGCUGGGCAGCAGCGCUACGGAGGCGCCGUGUGGAGCGGCGACACGCAAUCCAACUUUGGCUCGCUGGAGCGCUCCAUCCGCGCCGGCCUCAACAUCCAGCUGUCCGGCAUCGCGUGGUGGACGACCGACAUCGGCGGCUACAGCGGCGGCAACCCGAACGACCCGCAGUUCAAUGAGCUGAUCGUGCGCUGGUUCCAGUUCGGCGCCACGUGCCCGCUGUUCCGGCAGCACGGCGCACGCUCGACCGAGCCGUGGCUGCUGAGCAACCAGAGCUACGCGCUGGUGGUCAAGGUCAUAGAGAUGCGCGCGCAGUGGAAGUCCUACGUCCUGGACGCCAUGCAGCAGGUGAACACGACCGGCUUGCCCGUACAGAGGCCGCUCUGGUACGACUUUCCCGGCGACCCGCACACUUGGGCGGUUGAGGAUCAGUACAUGUUCGGCUCGAGCUUGAUGGCCGCGCCGGUGUAUACAUACCAGGCGAGAAACCGCACGGUCUACUUCCCGUCCGGUAGUAAGUGGCAGCACUAUUUCACCAGUAUUGUCUAUGACGGCGGGGCGAGCCGGACGAUUGACGCACCACUGGACAACUUCCCGCUGUUCAAGCGCAUGAAUGGAACUGCCUGGGCCAGUCCUGUCGAGGUCCGCUAGGCUUCCAACCCUCUCCUUGAAUGCAUGUACAUGCACUGGCUAAACAAGGGAGCCUUCGACAAGCUUUGCACCGUCAUGUAAGAAUAAUUAUCAAUUUCACACCAAUUUUGCACUUUUUCACGGACAAUUUCUUUCUGACAAAAUGCCACCAAUAAUUGGGGGAAAGACUCAGUCACACUGCAAUUAUUUCACAGUCGAUCGUGGACAGUAGUACUGCUCAAUGAGAUCCGAUCGAGUCGGUCGGACUCAAGCAUGUCCCAGGCAUUGUGCAGCCCUAGACCAGCGAACACUGGGCUGCGAAAUGGUGCACGGCGCAAACUCGACCCACGCGAUUGGAUUUCAUUGAGCAGCACUUUUUUAGUAGUGGCACAUACGCACUGGAAUAACGACGCUGGGUGAGAACAUACAGUGAUCCUGCUGUGCAUGUGCAGUGUGCAUCAGACCUGCCAAGUUCAAUUAGUGGUAUGGAGAUCUCCCUCACGGGCUGCCAGAAGGGAGGUAGCCUGCCCUCAACAUGCAUGUACAUGUACAUGUGUGGAUAAAAAACACUUUAAAAAUGGGUAUGCUGUGUAAGCACGUUGACCAUGGAUAGGAAAGGCGUGUCAGUCACACCAACAAGUGCUCCGCUGUAUAGGUACCUGCAUGGUUCGCUUCACGCCUCUCCCUGGUGAGCAUACAUGUACAUGUACUUACUUUAAUACCGUAUUUUCCCCAUUAAACGUACACGUCUCCAAUUGUAGUACAUGUUGAGUGUGGAUCAAAAAUAUAAAAGAACACGUCUCUAAUGCCACAUGUACAUGCCGAAAUGAUGUGAUGGGCAUUACUGGGGUACAGGUACCUUACUUCGUUUUUCUUUUCUUACCCGUUUAUCAUCUUUGAGUCUCUGUACACUGAUUCUUACCAUGGUUGCAUGUACAUGUAUUUACAGCUUUACAGUAUCAUUAUCACGAGUUGUUUACCACCCAACCCAGGCAAUCAAUCUUUCCAGAAAUAAUAAAAGUACACGUCUCCAAUACUAGUACAGUCUCCUAUAGUAGUACAGGUCUGACCACCUUUGAAAAAAAUAAAAGGACGUUUUAUUUCUCGCCGGCCGAGCGGAGCGAGUGAGGCGAGAAAUGAUUUCUCGCGCAACAAAAUUAUUUGUCUUGCGAAUAUGGAAUCUGAUGUUUUCGCUUUUUGUUGCCGUUCUUUUUGCCUGACUCCUUCAGUCAGUUUUUUGUGUCUCACCAGUGUCCCCACCCUCCCACCCUUCAUGUCUGCCCAUCUUCUUCCAUUUCUUUCUUGGCUGUAGAUAUGUUGUGCCUGUUUUUAUGCUGCCAGAUUGCCGCUUGGGGUUAUACACCCGGUUUUUUCCCUCAUUCGUGCGUCCGUCGGCGCGAGGGUUUUUUCCCGGCUGGCUCGGUCCAGAGAAAUUAAUCUGACGGUCCCAAGUGGUGCUUGUCCUGGCUUAUUAGAUGAAUGUGCUAAUUCCAUACUCCUGGGUCUGUCCCCCUCUUGUUGCUCCUAGUUUUCUUCUGCAUUCCGGUUCACAUCUGGCUGCGGCCUACUACCCUCA